UAAAUCGUGGUAGUAUUCGGAAGAAAAAAAUUAGGGCUUGAAGAGAAAGGUAUAAUCGUGUGGCGAUCCGCCAUGGAUUCAGAGGAAGAGAAAAUGGAAGAGAUCCACAAAACAUCAUCACAGUCUCCAACGUUACGCCUCCUCAUGCAGUGGUACGGUCCGUACGGACUCUACCCAAAGCACACACAACGGAGCUCUAAACAGUCGAGAACGUCCUCAUCAAAUGAUGAUCAAAAUCAAGUCUCCGAGAGAAGAUUCUCAGGCUCUUUUCCUCCUGAUCUAGCGUGGGAGAUUCUCUCAAGACUUCCUGCGAAAUCAAUUGUGAGAUCUCGCGCCGUCUCUAAGCUCUGGUCUUCAAUCACCACAAAUCCAGAUUUUAUCAAACCGUUCCCUGCUCUGUCAUCAUCAAGUCCGUGUCUUUUGAUGAUUUUCCAAAAAGGCGAGACGCGAUUCGUCUUCUCGUUUCCUCAACACCAAAACCCCGUCGAUGAUGAUCCUUAUUCGCAAGUGGAGCGUUACGAAGAAUCGAUAAACCCUGAAGAUCGUCACUUGUCCUGUUCUGAUUCCGUCCACGGCUUGAUCUGCUUCGAGACUCCUACAAAUCUCGAGAUUUGGAACCCAACCAUAAGACGCUUCUUCACUUUACCUAAACCUGAAAGCAGCUUGAGCUACCUAAGAGGCUUUUUGGGAUAUGACCCGGUCGAGUGUAAAUACAAAGUUCUGAUUUUUCUUCCAGAAACAGAGAUUCGAGUUCUUACUUUGGGAGCUCAAGAAUCAUGGAGGAAGAUCAAAGCCAGUCCUAUGCAUUGUUGUACCCCUACUUCAGGUAACAAGGCGCGAUGCGUUAACGGGGUUCUCUACUAUAUAGCUAAAUCUGGUUUGACUAUGAAGGAGGCCAUAAUGAGCUUUGAUCUCAGAUUAGAAAAGUUCAAUUUGAUUGAAUUUCCGAUGGAUGAUCACAGUAACGUUUUGAUGGUAACUUAUGAGGGAAGGUUAGGUUUAGUUAGUUCCAUGCCUGAUGAUGUUAAAAUAUGGGUUUUGGAGGAUGCAGAGAACAAGAAAUGGUCGUAUAAACGCUUUGUUUUCCCUCAGUCGUCUCACCAAGAAUGGAUUUGGUUCGAUUUCAAAGGUGUUACCGAUGCCGGUGAGCUUAUUUAUACGCCGAGUAGUUUUUAUGAUUCGUUCCAUGUUGUGUAUUUUGAUCCAAAGAAACAGAGCGUAAGAGAAACUAAGUUUGAAGGAGUUGCUUGUGAUGAAUUUAGACGACUUAAAGGACUUGGAUUCCGUCCUUUCCAUGAUUUAAAUGUUUUCCCGGAUCACAUUGAGAGCCUCUUUUCCUUGUAACUAAGAGCGCUCUUCACCACCAUUAAUGUGAUUUCUCAAGAUUAGGUUUGAUGUAUUUAGGGUUUUCGUUGUCAUGAUUUGUUAUCAUUCUUUAAUUUGGAUCUAUCCCAACAUUUUAUAUAACAA